AUGCAGCAGCAAGCGCAGAAGAAGGGUGAGAAGCGGGGAAAGCGAGAGCGAGAGAAGGCAGAAACAGGGUUGAUGCGUCCUGCGGAAAAGCAUGGAGAGGAGUGGAGCCUGCCUGAAAUGGACCAGGAGGGUGGUCUCAGUGGGAAGAGGAAGUUUGAGGGGGAGGGAGCGAUAGAGGGCGUUACGAAUGGGUUGGAUGAGUUGGAUGGGUUACUUGGACUGGCUGGGUUGGUGGAGGAAGAAGCGGAGGGGAGGGAGGCGAAGCGGGUGUGCAGUGCUCUCGACAUGUUUGCUGCUGUUGCUGACCUCGAACUGAGGAGAGAGGAGAGGCUGAGGGAGGAGAGGCAGAGGGAGGAGGCGUGCUUGUUGCAACAAGACAGCGUUGGAUCUCUGAAGAAAGCAGCGGAAAGAGGGGGGAUGGCCACGACCAAUCAUCUUGCUGUCAUGCUCCUGCUGUACGGGCGAACAGAGCAUCUGAGCCGUUUCUGUGCUGUCCUCUUCUCACAUGCUCCCCUGCUCGCCUCCCCUGAAAAAUUCCCACCUGCCUGCUUCCCUGUUCUUGCUUGUUUCAGGGGAAGGUACGAUGAGGCUGCGGCCUGCCUGCAGGCAGUGCUGCAGAGGGAGCCGCAGCACCCUGCUGCUCUCUGCUCGUACUCCGCCCUGCUGCUUGCUACACAGCGGUGUCAUGGCAGGAGACUUGACAGGAAAGCUGGCAGUAAACUUGACCACAUGCAGCAGCAGAAGCCGCAGGUGGAGCAGAAACUGGAGCUGCAACAGGAUUUGCAACAGCAGGAGCAAGUGCAGCAGCGGCAGGACGAAGAGAAGGAGAGAGCUCCGAAUGCUGGUGUUGUUGUGGAUGUGACGGAGACAGAAGGUGCAGAGUUGGCUCCAGCAGCAACGGGCACAGCAGGAGCAGAUGCAACCAUAGAAGGAGGAGAAAGCAGAGUGGUUUUUUCAGCGGCUGCAGGGGAUUUGGCAGGGGUGUCAGCACAGCAGUGUGCCACAGCAGCAGUGCAGCUGCUACCGAGUUGCGGCUUCCUCUGGUGCAACCUUGCCCACGCCGCCACGCGCUCAGGCCGUUGGAAGCAGGCGGCUAAGUGCAUGUCCCAGGCUCUGAAGCUGCAGCCGGCCAGUGCGCCUCUGCGCUUCGCAGCAGCAGCCCACCGCAUCGCGACUGCUGCCGCUGCCCCUUUGCCCCCGGCCCUCGCCUCCCAGCACAUCCGCUGCGGCGUUGCAGAGAUGGCAGAUGCGAUGGGACUGCCGGAACUGACGUAUGGCUCCAACGGCGUCCCAACAUUUUCACGUGAUGGUGCUUCUGCCAUCAUUUUUGGAACUGGUGCUGGUGCUGGUCCUGGUGCCACUGGUGCUGGUACUAAUGUUGCAAGUGCUGGUGCUGCUGGUGCUUUUGGUGGUUGUCAUGGCGGAAAUCGCAAGAGCGUUUUGAGCCAUGUGCCUGAGUGGAUGGCGUGGGACGUGGUGGGGCAUGCGCAUGCAGCCCUUGAACGGAGAGCUCUCCAGGAGAUUGUGACUAAAACGGGGGCGUUUGUGGUGGAAGAGGAGGCGCGGUUGACUGUAACUGGGUGUUCUGAUGGAGGGAGCGCACAGGAGGGGUUGGGUGAGGAGGAGAUGGAGAGGGGGGGGGGAGGAAAUCGGUUAAUGGCGCUGCUGGUUGGUGCAGCAUCACGGGGAGAGGAUGGGGAUGGAGAGGAGGACGAGGAGAAGAGGUGCAAAGAAGAGGAGGAGGAGGAGGAGGGUUUUGGAAGCGGGGAUGGUGGUGGGAGUGGGGAGGCGGUGAAUGAGGAGCUGGCAUGUGCGGUGGUGCAGGCAGAGGAGCUGAAGCUGGCCGCGUGGAAGAAGCAGUCUCUGAUGGCAGCAGCAGGGGCGGGAACCGGAGCCCAUCAGCUGGGCGUGCAUGCGCUGCACUCUGCCAUUCACUCACUUGCUUCUGACAUGGGAGAUGGCACCACAAUGGGGGGUGCUGCUGCGGACAUCAGAGAUGCUAAUGGUGCAGUUGAGCCGUCUUCCACGGGCUACUUUGCAGCAGCUCACUCGCACUUCCUGAGAGCUCUCUCACGCCACCAGCAAUCGACAGCCACGUGGAGUUCCCUAGCCCAAGGCCGUCUCUCUGCUGCCCUCUCAGCUGCACACAACGCCCUCCUCCUCGCCCCCAUGCACGGCCCCUCCCUCUGCAGCUUCGCCCUGCUCUCUGCCGCCGCUGGCCGCUGGAAAGACGCUGUGGACGCAUUUCAGCGCGCGAGUGAGGUGUUUAGAGGAGUACAGGGAGGCGUGGAGAGAGGGGAGGUGGUGGGGGAGGAUGGGGGGGUGAUGGAGGGACGGGGUGAGAUGGGAGAGGGGUGUGGGUCUGGUGUUGGUGAGGUGGUGGGAGUGGGUGAGGCGGUGAGAGAGGCUGUGAGGGUGAAUCUGCAGGUGGCCUUGAAAUGGCAAGCACGGGCAGAGGAGGAAAGGCAGAAGGCGAAUGGGUGGAAUGAGAUGGCUGGACCAGCGGCAGAGAGGGCGUCUCAAUAUGCGGCUGGUGAGAUCCCUGCUGCUGCUGCUGCUGCUGCUGCUGCUGCUCCUGGUGGUGGUGCUGGUGCUGCUGCUACGAAUGGUACUAAUGGCAUUAAUGGCACCUGGCAUCCAACUUCCGGUCACAGGAACGGGUUGAUGGAAGCAGCACAAAACGCUGUGAAGUCUUCAAACAACCCAACAUGGCCAAACUCAUCACACACCAACGCUGCUCUACCUCUGGCCAACUCAGUAAUGGCCAGCUCAGCAGCACUAAACGCAUCAGCAUCAAGUGCCACCAUGCCGCCGAAGCGGAGAGUACUGCUGGAUUUGGAAAUGCCAGCCUGUGAGCUCUCAGAAACAGAGAGCGGAGGAAACACUCCGCUGGGAGCAAGCACUCUUUGCAGCAGGGGUAACAUUCCUGGCGGAGGCAACAUGCGACAUGGCGGGGGCGUUCCUGGUGAAGCACUUGCAAGUGGUCCUAGCAAGGGGAAUGCGUUUGCUGGUGCGAACGGUUUUUAUGGAAGUGGUGGUAAUGCAGCAGCUGGCCAGGGGGGUGGACUGAGGUCACAACAACCAGAGGCUAUGGUAUCAGAGCAUGCUGCUGAGCGUGCAGUGAAUGGAUUCCAUGUGGCGCCACGCAGUGCAGGAGGCAGGGACACAGGGUCGGAUCGGAAUCGACUUCCGGACCUCAAUGAUUGGCUGACAGCAUCUUGA